AUGACUUGUAAGCAAGCAAACUGUGAGCAGGAUGAAAAUUCAAAAAUAAAUAUUGUUCAACUGCUUUGUGACAUAGAUUUAGAUGUAAAAGCUGCUACAGCUGUCUUGAAUGUACAGGAUAAUAAAUUAAAAGACUCGGCAAGAAACAAACUUUGUUUAGUGAUUAUAAAAUAUGAGCUGAAAGAAGAUGAAAACAAAAAAAUAACCCAAAAACGAUUUCAAGAAAUAGCUUCGCAGAUACAAAGUGCAAUUCCAGGAGAAGUUGAGGAGGCAUAUUACAUUCCGUAUAAAAGAAUUUCAAAAGAUAAAAAAGUAAAUGCUAAAGGCAAACUUUAUGACAAGUAUACAAAUUAUGUUAAACAUUUACGCAAAAGUAGAUUGAGGCAAAAAAGAAAGAUAAAAUCGACAGAUUUUGAAUCAGAUGUAAUUUUAAACGACGAUUUGAUGGGAAAGCUUGAGUGGUUUCGUAAUCAUAAAGAACCAUAUGAAGAAGUAAAAGAAUACUGGGACGCUGCUACUUACGAAGUAAGAUUAGCACAGCUACGACGGGAACCAGGUAGCGUUUAUGAUUACAUCAUUGAAUAUAAUGCUCUUCAAUUGUCAACUGGCUACAAAUUACUUCUAGCAGAUUUUAAAAAAUUAUAUCCUGAUUAUGAUACACGAAUGUGGAGUAAAUGGACAGAGUUUGCAAGAAAAGUAUCACUACUGUUGUCUCUAGAAGGUAACAUUCAUUAUAUAAAAUUAUUUUCAAACAAUAUGUUACUUAUUAAAUUAUUAUGCUAAAUAUUAAAUAUAUUGAUGAUAAUUAUAAGAUUACACCAUCUCACAUGGCAAAUGUUUUUAAUUUAUUUUGAACGUAAUUAAUAUUCUUUGUCUUGUUAACUUUAAUUGUUUAAAAAUUUUUUUUAGAUAUUUCUGAUUUAAAUAAUAAGCAUAAGGCAACGCUCGUAAUGUGAAUAAACACAAGUAUAAUGUUGAAAACGGUCAAUUUAACGAGCAAAAUUGAUUUAAUUCAGGAUUUACAAUUACAUUAAUAUAGUCGCCAAUAAUUGGAACGUUUUGGCUUUACUUAGCCUUCAUCAUCCUAUUAAUACAGUUAAAAGUUCAUCUCUUUACAAAAGAAUUUUCUUUCCUC